GGGCGACAAGCGUUACCGACAGUUGCCCAGAGUCAAUCCAAUCAAUAGAUGAAAAUGCAGUUCGACAGCCUAAAGUAUUUCAUCCUGUUGCGUCUGCUGAUCCUGUGCAGCUUUAUGGUGCCGGCACUUACCUAUCUGCCGGAUGUCAAUAUCUUCACCAAUUAUCGCACUGAGGUUUACAAUGGCAUACCCUCGGACAUUGACACUACCCCAUUUAUCCGGAUUGGCGACAAUUACUACUAUAUCGAGCCGAUGAACAAGGUGAACUGGUUUCAGGCAGCGGCAUCCUGCCGGAUGAUGAACGCCCACUUGGCCUCGAUUGAGGACAAACCGGAAAUGGAGGCGCUGGUCAAGUACAUCAAGGCGAAGGGAUUCAAGAACAACGAUUACUUCUGGAUCUCGGGCAAUGAUCUCGGCACCGAAGGCGCCUUCUACUGGCUCUCCACGGGCCGCCCCAUGACCUACGCCCCCUGGAACGGACCCAAGCAGAUGCCCGACAACUACGGCGGCAACGAGAACUGCGUGCACAUGUUCGGCACACGGGAGCUGAUCAACGAUGCCAACUGCAAGAUAUUGAUGCUGUACGUGUGCGAGGCCAGCGAUCCCAAGACCUUCAAGUUCACCUACAUCAAGUGGUGAACAGGCCAACAGGCCAACAUCCUGCAGAUAGAUGCAUGUAUACAUACGUACAUACCCACACAUAUUGUUUUUGUUUUUUGCUUUGCGUGCAUAGAACACGGCAUUUAUUAGGCGGUUGCUAAUGCAACGGCUGUCACUUCAUCAUUAUCAUCAUCAUUUACAUAAUGAUCGUUAUUCGUCUUACGCAUCAAUUUGCAAGGUAUACAUUACACAUCAGUUGAUUU